AUGUCUUCUCCAUCUACAGUCCUCAUCACUGGUGGAAACCGUGGAAUCGGCAAAGGCCUUGUCGAGAUCUUUCUUGCUCGACCAUCGUUCAUCGUCAUUGUCGGCGUCCGCGAUCCCUCCCACCCAACCUCCAAGGCUCUCCAGUAUCUGCCAGUAGGCAAUAAUUCCAAGCUCAUCAUCGUCAAGCUUGACUCCAGCGUGCCCUCCGACGCUGCCGCAGCUGUUGCUACGCUUAAGAACGAACAUGGCAUUAAGGCCCUUGAUAUCGUCAUCGCCAAUGCCGGGAUUGCAAGCGAUGGCGGUCUAGUUCGUGACACAACCGUGGACAACAUCAAGAAGCACUUCGAGGUCAACACCAUCGGCCCUAUUGUUUUGUUUCAAGCUGUGGCAGAUCUCCUGCAGGCCAGCAAGACCGAAAAGCCCCUCUUCGUUGCUAUUUCAACGCUGCUCGGCUCCAUGGGCUCCAUGGAACACUUGGUGGGACUGCCCUCUACCACCAGCCCUUACGGCGGCAGUAAGGCUGCUCUGAACUGGUUCAUUCGACGUCUCCACUUCGAGGAGCCUUGGCUUACUAGCUUCGUCAUUCACCCUGGCUUGGUAGAGACCGAAAUGGCUGCCGCAGCUUUUGGUAAUGGUUCUACUGAACAGCUUUCCGCCUAUGGGUCUAUCACCAUCGAGACCAGUGUCACGUCUUUGGUCAAUGUUAUUGAUAAGGCCAGUAAAGAACUCAGUGGAACCUUUCAAAAUUACGACGGUACGCCCAUCGCUUGGUAG